AAGAAGAAGACGUCAUCAAGGUCACGUGACGGCCCUAGCUGCCGGGUUGAACUUCCUGUUGAGCUAUUUUUUCAAAUCAUAAAUAAAUUCGCUUCUUCUUUUUUCACGUGGUUGGUUUUGCGGUUUAUCGUGUGAAACGACCGAUUAAUCGUUGGUUUGGCAGCUGUGUUUGAAACUGCUUUUGGAAAAACAAAGCAGUUUAUCAGCAGCGAAACCAACAUCUCAGCUAAUGUUAGCAGCGGUGUCGUUUCGCUCUGUUUGUUCUUCUGUUUGUUUUUCAAGUUAAAGUUCAUCGUAUUUAACUUCCGGUGUGUGUUGUAUAGAAAAUGGCGACUAUGCUAUCAGCUCAGCUCGUUUCUUUUUCUUGUUUUUCUGCUUCCUCUUCUUCUCUGAGGAGAUGUGGAUCAGUGGUGCGUUCAAGAACCGCAGCUCUGAGCGGCGUCCGGCACAGAAACUACAGCAGCAAAGACGAGUGUUUACACCGGAGUUUGGUCCCAACAAUGCACUAUCAGAAGAGUUUACCCAGGCUACCUGUACCAAAACUGGAGGAUACAAUGAGGAGAUAUUUAGCUGCACAGCGGCCUCUGCUGGACGAUGACCAGUACAGAACCACAGAGAAGCUGGCUCAGGAUUUCCAGAGUGGAGUUGGAAAACAGCUGCAUGAAGAACUGGUGAUUCAAGAUAAAAACAACAAGCACACAAGCUACAUCUCAGGUCCGUGGUUCGACAUGUACCUCUCUGCACGAGACUCCGUGGUGCUGAACUUUAACCCCUUCAUGUCCUUCAACCUCGACCCGAAGCCCGAGUACAACGAGCAGCUGGUGCGGGCGACGAACAUGGUGUGUUCGGCCGUGCGCUUCAUGAAGACGCUCCGCGCCGGACUCCUGGAGCCCGAGGUUUUCCACCUGAACCCGGCUAAGAGCGACACGGACGGCUUCAAGAGGUUCAUCCGCUGGGUUCCGUCGGCUCUGUCGUGGUACGGCGCCUACAUGGUGAACGCGUACCCACUCGACAUGUCGCAGUACUUCCGCCUCUUCAACUCGACGCGCGUUCCGAAGCGCGGGCGAGACGAGCUCUUCACCGAUCAGGGAGCCAGACACCUGUUAGUCAUGAGGAACAGGAACAUGUACGUGUUUGACAUCGUGGACCGUGACGGGAAUUUAGUGAGGCCUGCAGAGAUCCAGUCGCACUUGAAGUACAUUUUGUCUGACCCGACGCCAGCACCUGCCUUUCCUCUGGGGGCGCUGACGAGUGAGAACAGGGACGUGUGGGCGGGGCUCAGGGAAAAGCUCUCCGCUGCGGGAAACGCAGAAAGCUUGCACCUCGUGGACAGCGCGGUUUUCUGCCUCUGCCUGGACGACGAGAACAUGCGUGACCACAUUCACAUCUCGCACAACAUGCUCCACGGCGACGGCUGCAACCGCUGGUACGACAAGUCCUUCAGCGUCAUCGUCGCCAAAGACGGACAGGCGGCCAUUAACUUCGAGCACUCGUGGGGCGACGGCGUGGCCGUGCUCCGCUUUCAGAACGAGAUCUUCAAAGACACCACGGAGCAGCCACUGGUCCACCCGGGGUCCGUCGCCGCCACCGCGGUGGACUCGGCCUCCGCCGUGCACAGGCUGACCUUCAGUCUGGACGGCGAGCUGGAGGACGGCAUCAAAAAAGCGAAGGAGAACUUUGACGCGGCGGUGUCGAAGCUCACCAUCGACGCCAUGGAGUUCAAGAAGGGCGGGAAGGAGCGGCUGAAGAAGAACAAGCUGAGUCCUGACGCCGUCGCUCAGCUGGCGUUUCAGAUGGCUUUCCUGAGGCAGUACGGACAAACGGUGGCCACGUACGAGUCGUGCAGCACCGCCGCGUUCAAGCACGGCCGCACGGAGACCAUCCGCCCGGCUUCGUUAUACACCAAGCGGUGUUCGCACGCCUUCGUUCGCGAGGCAGGUGAACACAGUGUGCAGCAGCUCCAGGCCAUGCUUGGCGACUGCUCCAAAUAUCACGGGCAGCUCACGAGGGAGGCAGCGAUGGGUCAAGGGUUUGACCGUCACCUCUUUGCUCUGCGGUACCUGGCCAACUCACAGGGCCGAACCCUGCACAGCCUUUACUCUGACCCCGCCUACGCCGCCAUCAACCACAACAUCCUGUCCACCAGCACCCUCACCAGUCCCGCUGUCAGCCUCGGCGGCUUCGCACCAGUGGUGCCCGACGGGUUCGGUGUGGGAUACGGCGUCCACGACGACUGGAUCGGCUGUAAUGUGUCCAGCUACCCGUCUCGCAACGUCCACGAGUUCCUGCAGUGUGUCCACAAGUCUUUAGAAGACAUUUUCACCGUCCUGGAGGGGAAACCACUCAGUUAGGAAGGUUAAAGGGAUAGCUUGGGUUUUUUUGAAGUGCUGGAGAAAACAAAUUUUAGUCACUUGAGUUGUUGAAUAAAAUCAACGUGUACAAUAAAUUUAGAAUCUGUUCACAUCUUUAUUUCGCUGUUAGACAGACUUUUUUAACUGGAAACUGACGUUUGUAAACCACUCACUCUUCCAAACCAAAGUCCACAUAGAAAAUCAGUGAUUUUAGCUCAUCGGGACACAGGAGCUGCUGGUCCUCUGCUGCCUCGUGUGGUCACUUUGUAUCACUGAGUUAAAUCUAAAUGAAAUAUAAGAGCUUAGUGAUGUUAAAAUCACUGAUUUUCUCUGUGGGAACGUGAGCGUUUCAUGUGGCAACAAACUUCAGUUUUACAGCACAGGUCCUUUCUAAGUGUCUUGACCACACUUCACAAACACUUGAACUACUCGUCGUCUUCAACUUCUAAUUAGUCGAUGAACAUUUUUGACUUAAUGUGAGUAAAAAUUGCAAAAUCAAAGAAAACCUGAGCACUGGGGUUUGAACUUAUUUAGUGAUUAAUGGUGAGAUGUUUUAUCAAUUAUAAGCAGUUUAGAUACUAAUGUGAACAAAUCUGUCACAUCAUGACAUUUAUCUGAACAUGUUUUGUUGCACUUUUGUUUUACUCCACAGGUUGAUGUUUAAAAGCAUGUGAAACCUAACAUUUUUGUGUCACUUCUGAUGCUGAGCCUUAUCAGUGACUGUAUGUGAAUUAAAAACAGAACAUUAACCCACGUCACUGUAAAAUUAUUGCAUUUAAGCUGCUGAAUGAAUAAAUGAAUGAUGGAAUAAAAAAAA